AUGUCUUCCAAAAUUAAGAGAAAGAAUGAGUCGCAAGCACCAUCUCUGAUUACAUCAAUUCCCGAGGACAUCUUAGCUCGUGUUCCAAGGUGCGAGUAUCAAUCACUCUCCCUCGUUUCCAAGCAGUUCCGGUCACUUGUUUCUUCACCUGAACUAUACAUAAGACGAUCCUUAUUAGGCUUCAGCGAACACCGCUUAUAUGUUUUCCUCUAUGACGACAAAUCACGUGAUCAAAGUUUGCUCGAGCAUUUAUGUAAUUAUGUGUUUGGUGGUGGGAAAGAAGAUAAGACGAGAGAUAGCGUGUUAAGAAUUGACUGUAGAUUUCACAUUGUGGAACACCUCCCCAGAAUGCCUGUGCGCAUGUCUUAUAUAGUUGCUGACGUCAUCGAUGGGAGAAUCUACAUAAUAGGAAAGGACUACGACGAGUGGAAGCAGAGGAAGAAGAAGGUGAUGGUGGUGUUCAAUAUAAAAGAAAAAAUGUGGGAGCCUGCGAUGAUAAUACCAGACAUAGGUCUAGAUGAGGAUUGGAAUGAUUGUGUUGUGAUGGAUGAUAAGAUGUACAUGAGGGAUUAUCGUAAAGGCUUUGUUUACAAGCCAAAGGAGGGUAAAUGGGAAAGGGAAGAUAUGCUGAGUUCUAAGAUGGGGAGUGACACGUGUGUCCUUGAUGAUGUAUUGUACUAUUUUGAUAAGCUGGAGUUAAGAGCACAUGAUUCAAAGCAGAGGUGUUGGGGUGUGGUUAAAGGUUUGGAAAAAUUGUUGUCUAAGACUUGUAGUUCAGAUUCAGAAAAAUUAGUUCAGAUAAGUACUGCGAGCUACGGUGGGAAACUGGAUUUGUGUUUUUCUAAAGAAAAACCGUUUUAUUCUAAAGGAGUUUGGCGGGGCAGAAUAUAA